UGGCUGAUCUGUCUAUUUCAUCAACUAAAUAUGCCGAUAUCAUUGGGAGAAGCACUUGCAUAUAACUACUUUGCUGGCUACCUAAAUCUGGUAUUGUCUAGUGUGGCUGAUAGGAUCAGCAGCAGUAAAUAUGGCCAAAGCACAACAAAUAAGAAGUUGUUUAUUCUAAUCCCUGCUAAUGGUGAGAUGUCAGGGAAGCUGCAGGACGUCGACAAGAGCAUACGACAGGUUGGAACGUUAGCUCCAUUGAUGAUAGACAGAGCUGGAUUCAAAAGAAAGUACCCUAAUAACGUCUAUGGAUCAGUUCAUAAUGAAAAGGAAGUAACAUUCGUUGCCGACAUGCCAGCAAAUCUGCUCACGCUCCGAGACAUGACAGAAGAUUUCGAGCUGACUGGCUUCACAGAGCAGGAUAAGCUGCACGAGGUCCAGAAGUAUGCUGCGUUCUUGAAGAAAAUUCUAGAGAGGCAAUCCCAUCUGGCUGGGACGUACGAAAUUGUUGUCUACAAUGGAGAUGCUGCGAUGAUGGAUGCUGUUCAGCACUUUCUUUGAAAUUGAGGUAUUGUAUUCACAUAUGGAGAAGUAGGCCUACCUACCAAACGUCACUAACUAAGCUUGUCAUUCUUCAGAAAAAAAUUAUCAGAGUAAUUACAUUUUAACCGUAUCGUGCUCAUACUGAAUCACUUUAUAAUAGUCUGGGGGUAUUAAACCUUAAACAAAUAUAUAUAUUUAUGGUGGGUUUGUUUAUGUACAACUGGAGAAUCGAAGAACUUCCUAAAAUCUUUAACAAUAUGUUUCAUUUAAAUUUUAACAUUUAUGGUUAUUACACCAGACAAAGGGAAAAUGUUCACAUAAAUGUUGUACGCGCAAAUAUCCGCAAAAUGUCCAUAUCCUACCGUGGGGGUCUUAUUUUGGGGAAAAUUUAAGCUAAAAUUAGCAUAAAUACUAUAAAAAAUGUCUUUGCAUUUAAGAGAUGCUUAAGAAAGCUUAUCAUGAGUAAUAUGAUAUGUUAGAUAUCUUUGCAUUACCACUUAUUGUUGUUUUUCUGUUUCGGUAAAUGCACCUAGUAUUGUUUUCUUGUUUUUCUUUUGUACUUUUUCUAUGCACUCUUUAUGAUAUUUAAUUGGUGUGACAGAAACGGGGAAUCAUAAAUCCUGUUUGGAUUUCAUUCGACAUUUGCUAUAGGGGGCCUAUAUAUAUAUAUGCAAAAAAUAAAAGAUUUUACGCUUAUGAAAACUAUAAUCAUGUUCAUUAAAUGAAAGUUUCAAAUUGCUACUAGUUUAAAAAUAAAAGUAAAUUUGCAACUAA